UCUUCUGCCAUUUCCAAUUCCACCAUUUUUCUAUGCACAAAUCUCUCUCCCCCUCUCUCUCUCCUCAUGCCAUACCCCUUUAAAACUCAUAUGCCCCUCUGCAGACAAAUCAUGUUGUUACCAUCCCAGCUUUUGUAAUCUCUCUCUUGUCUCUCUAUUAUUCACCCACAUACAUAGAAGAAUCAAAGAUCAAGCUCCAAAAUCCAAGCAAGAAAGUAUGGGGAGAGCUCCUUGCUGCGAUAAAUCGAAUGUGAAGAGAGGACCAUGGUCUCCUGAAGAAGAUGCCAAGCUUAAAUCAUAUAUUGAAGAACAUGGCACUGGUGGCAACUGGAUCGCUCUGCCACAAAAAAUUGGCCUCAAGAGGUGUGGGAAGAGCUGCCGCCUUAGAUGGUUAAACUAUCUUCGCCCCAACAUCAAGCACGGCGGAUUCUCUGAAGAAGAAGAUAACAUCAUUUGCAGCCUCUAUAUUAGUAUUGGGAGCAGGUGGUCUAUUAUUGCAGCGCAGUUGCCAGGAAGAACAGAUAAUGACAUCAAGAACUACUGGAACACAAGGCUGAAGAAGAAGCUUCUUGGAAAGCAGCGCAAAGAACAGCACGCAGCGCGUAGUAGAGGGGAAGCUGGCCUAAAGCAGCAGCAGCAGCAAGACAUGAUCAAGAGAUCAAAUAAUAUUGGAUCUAAUGGGAGUAUAGAUACCAAUAAUCCCCCUUAUUGGCCAGAAGUGCCAGUCAUGGCUCCGAUUCUACCAUAUGAACAACAACAAUUCGAUGACAAAGACCACGCGUCGAUAAGGAAACUGCUUAUCAAGCUGGGAGGAAGAUUUUCUGAUGAUCAUGAUGAUGAUCAAGUAUUAAUCCAUGAGGGAAAAAAUUUUCCAUUCCCAAGUUUUGAUCAUCAACAAUUCUUGGAGCAGCAGUCCAUAGUACUGAAUGCCAUGCCUUCUACUGCUUCCAUGGAGGUCAUGAAUGGCAAUCAAUUUGUGCAAAAUCAUCAAUACAGGGCUUUUCCAGUGGGAAUUGAGGAGGAGGAUAUGGUGUUCAGUAAUAAUAAUCAGCAACAAAACCUGGAGGGUCUGGAGUUUCUGUACAGUGAGAAUAAUAAUAGGAUUGAGAGUAGUGCUGGUUGGGGUGAGAUGAUGAUGAUGAGUUCGUUGGUUUUUCCUCCUGCAAUGGCUUCAAAUGGUGUGGAAUUACCUCCACAGAUGCUGGAAGAAGGUGGUUCUAGUGAUCAGUUAAGGUACUCCAGCGACCUAUAGAUAUAGUUUGUGUGUUUUCAUAUAUGUCAGUGAGAUAUAUGUGGAUUUGUGGCUAUAGAGAAGGCAUUUGUUGUGUGUGUGUGAAUCUCAGAGAAAAACCCUAAUAAACUCAUUCUAUUACAUGUAUUAAUGCCUUUUGCUGUGUUAAUUUUGCUUAAUUUAUGCUGGACUCUAAUUAAUAAAGAGGCCUUCUCUUUGCUGUGA